AUGCUUGGAGACAACCCAGAAAAGUCUAAGAAUCCCCUAAAGAAGGCGAUGCGCCGAAGAAACGCAAAAACAGUCCAAUUUGCUGCACCCACAUACUAUGAGCCUUCCGACUACGAAUAUUCCGAUGAAGAAGAAGAGGGCGAUGAUAGCCAGCUUGACCAAGGAACUGACGAAAAUGAUGACGACGAUGCCGACAGCCGACAAGAAGCAGAUCGAGAACCUCAAGCCCAACAAAAUGCCGCCUCAGCAAAUGGAAUCCAGCGAAUGACAAGUAAUGACAGCUUGAAGAGUGACCUGUCUUCGACUAGUUCGACUAAGGCUCAGCAGCAAGACGUUGCUACAGUUGAGCAAAACAGAACCGAAGAUGCCGUCUCAAGGUCCCGGAAAGGCGUGGUUCGCAACACCGAUUCCUUCUUUAGAGACGACACCGUCGAGACCAAAAAGAUCUCACUGACUCCGCGGUUAUUGAGGGGUGACUCGGAGUCUGGUCAAUCUGCAGAACAAGAAGUGCGACAGCGUCAAAGCCUGGACACGUUUGAUAAGGUCGUCGGCGCGGAAGAAAAACUCAAAGACAAGGACAAGGACAAGGACAAAAAGAAGGAAAAGAAGGGUAUGCUAAGCGGCUUAUUCAAGCGAAAGAAGGGCAGUGCCCCUCAGGAAGAGAGAGAAGAAAGACCGUCAGAAGAAUUGAGACAAUCCCCGCAAUCAAAGGACUCUAUGGAAUCAGUCACAUUUUCGAAGCCUGACGGUGGCCUGGAGCGCAAACCUAGCAAAUUGCAGAAAACACCUCCAAUGGCCUCACCAAAGUCUUCGCCCACGGAGGCGCGUGCGCCUCAGCGAGACGUGGUAACCGCGCCAGUUGUGACCCCGCCCGCCCUAUCAGGACCAGCACCAGCACCGCCUACACUUCGAAAGGUCGAAUCUGAGUCCGAGCUAGCUGAAGAUUUGUCUUCUACCACAACACAGAAUCAACCGACUGGCCAGGUGAAUCGGUUCCCCUCACUCACAGAGAAGAGAUCCAUCUUUGCGCCAAUUACUACUGCUCUGAAAUCUACUUCUUCUGCUAAUGCAGAAACAAGCUCUCCUGUUAAGCCGAUUUAUUCCAAGCGAGCGAAAGAACGAUUCGCCAUUGAUGAUAGUGGGUCUGAAGACGAUGGACACACACCCAAGGCUGAAGACCAAGAUCGCAAGAGCAUAUCACCUCUCGCAGAGGGUCAGGAUGAACAAUCUCGCUCAGACUCCUCCAUACGAGUUUCGCCGAUAGAGUCGAUCGGACCGAUAAAUCAGCAAGCGCGACAGGAGACAACUAUGCGGUCAACACCCUUGCCAAUCGAAACCAGCCACGCGGAGUCUGAAGGGACUGCCAGCACAUCCAAGCCGUCACCUUCUACCGCAACCCACACACCUUCUACCUCUCGAUCCACACCAACGUGGUCGGACGCGUCAUUGAGAUCCUACAUGGAGAAUGACCAAGAUAUCAAGGAUCUCCUGAUUAUUGUUCAUGACAAGUCGAAUAUCACACCAGUUGGGGCUGACCACCCACUUAUGAGCAAUUUAUUUUCGAUUGAACGGAGCAAGCUCGCGGAGAUGCAAUCCCAGCUUGAUUCUAUGCUAAUGACUUGGAUGGGCAAAAAGAACUCGAACUUAUUGUCAGCAACGAGCUAA